CAGUUUUCGAUUUCAUGCGAAAGUUCGAUACCUUUCGCAGGGACUACAAACCUACUGUGCAUGCGCUGCACAGGUCGCCCACCCAUUAUGCGGGCAUGUAAAGUCUUGGAUGGCCGACCUACGCGUCAUCCACGACCGUCGCUGGCUCUUCUUCAACCUUUUAUAUAUAUAUCUGAUGAGGGAGUUGUAACGGUUUCUCCAAGAUCUGGUGGUCCUUGCAUACGCGUGUCCAGGAACUGUCUACCCUUUGAACGGGAGUCUCAUAUAAGGAGUUGGAAGCUGGACCUCUCGAAUCGCAUUUCACUUCUUCACGUCUUUUCCAGUCAUUAUAUCAUUUUGCAUUCGUCUCGCAUUAUUCCCUUUGUCAAAUUCGCUGGCCUUGCUUUCCUUUUCAUCUUUUUUGUCUUAGUCUUACAACCUUAUCUUAUAUCCUCGUCAUGCCAGAACUAAAACCAUAUAAGGGGUCCUACUACCUCUGGGACUACAUUCCCAACCUUUGGGCGGCCCUCGCUUUCGCCAUCGUCUUCACCUUGCUCACAGCCAUCCAUGCCUGGAAGAUGUACAGGACUCGCCUCUGGUACUGCUCACUGUUCGUCAUCGGCGGCGUCUUUGAAGUCAUCGGCUACCUCUUCCGCAUCGCCGCCCGCUACGACACCUCGUCCCUCCCACUCUCCAUCCUGCAGUCCGUCUUCCCUCUCCUCGCACCCAUCCUCUUCGCCGCCUCCCUUUACAUGGUGUACGCGCGCGUCGUCCGCUCAUUGCACGCCGAAUUCCUCUCCAUUGUUCCCUCCCGCUGGACCACGAUCAUCUUCGUCGGGGGCGAUUGGUUCUGCCUGAAUGUGCAGAGCUCGGGCGCAGGGCUGCUGGGUAAGCCCAAAAAUGCGAAGAUUGCGGAGGCGAUUAUUGUGGCGGGGCUGGGGUUGCAGAUCCUCGUGUUUGUAGCGUUCAUGGUGCUCUGCUCGCAUUUCCACGUACGGUAUCGGCGUCAUGAGAGGGAGAAGGGCUGCUCUCAAAUCAGCGAGGCCGUACCCUGGCAGGCCAUUCUCAAUAUGUUGUACGGCACCUCGCUGCUCAUCCUCGUGCGCAACGUCUUCCGCAUGGUCGAGUUCAUCAUGGGCCAGGAUUCGUAUCUGUUUGAGAAUGAGUGGCCGGUCUAUGUGUUUGACGGGGUGUUGAUGGGUCUGGUCAUGGCGGCAUUUUGGUGGUGGUUUCCUGAGGGGUUGGAGGAGGGUGGUGGUGGGUGGGAAUGGAUUCGGAAGAGAUGGGGAUGGGGGAGGGAGAGAGUGCACAGUGAGGAUCGGAUGGAGUUGAGGGCGAGGGAGGAGGGGGAGGUGGAAGAUAGGCGGUAGCCUGUGGGGAUUACCGCGUCCGGGAUGGGCCGUGCUGGGCUGGCGUUAAGUUGGAGUUGAGGGUAUGAUAGAUUCCGCCUGGGUUCAUUGUACUCGGUGGUUGGCGAGGUAACUUUUUUCAUUAUACACUUGUCGAGUCUACGUCUGUUAUGUGGAUAUAUUGCAUAUAGAAGGUACCUUGGGAGGCUGUUGUAUCUGCGGUGGGACUGCUUUGCGGUUUAUGCUAGCUAGCGUUUCGUGGACGUGCAUGGCCGUUCAUUUGUGAGGGUAGGCUGCGGGAGGGAAGGUGUGCAGCUUAAUGGUCUUUCACCAAAUCCAAC